AUGCUUUCUCAUGCCGACCUCCUGGAUGCUCGGCUUGGGAUGAAGGAUGCUGCGGAGCUAUUGGGACACAGAGAGCCACUCAAGUGUCGCCUGGGUGGAAUGCCAGAACCCGGCCACCCGGGAGACAUGGCCCCUGGCGCGGACUCUGUAGAAGGCACCACCAUGCUGCCCAGUGAAGACAUUGCCACGGUGGGCUCCAAUGCGGGAAACAUGACAGUGAAUGGAAAGGAGCAAGAAAAACAGCCGCAACCGCCACAGAGCUCCAGUCAGACCGCCAGUCAGCAGAAGCAGAAGCGGCACCGGACGCGUUUCACGCCCGCACAACUCAACGAGUUGGAGCGCAGCUUCGCAAAGACGCAUUACCCUGAUAUUUUUAUGCGCGAGGAGCUGGCUCUGCGCAUCGGCCUAACAGAGUCCCGAGUUCAGGUCUGGUUUCAGAACAGACGCGCUAAGUGGAAGAAGCGGAAGAAGACCACCAACGUGUUCCGCGCUCCAGGCACUUUGUUGCCUACUCCGGGCUUGCCCCAGUUUUCGGCUGCGGCUGCAAUGGAAAACAGCCUGUGCUCCUUCCACGCAAAUGACUCCCGUUGGGCCACGGGCAUGCCGGGCGUAUCCCAGCUCCAGCUGCCUCCAGCACUGGGCCGUCAACCCGGUAUGGCACAGUCUCUGUCCCAGUGCAGCUUGGGGCCCGGACCCCCACCCAACUCCAUGGGCCUGUCCAACGGUCUCACCUCAAACGGCUCCGGCCUGCAGUCCCAUCUCUACCAGUCCCCAUUUCCUGGCAUGUCGGCGUCUCUUUCUGGCCCUACAAACGUGUCGGGCUCACCGCAGCUGUGUAGCUCCCCGGACAGUGACAUGUGGAGAGGGACGAGCAUCGCGUCAUUGCGGCGCAAAGCACUGGAGCACACAGUGUCCAUGAGCUUUACUUAA